AUGUCAUUGCUCCUGCGUGUGUGUCUGCUGACAGGUGGUGGUGUGUUGUUGCCAGGGACGUCCGGCGUGGACCUGUCGCGGUCUCUGCUCGCCGUGGCUGACCGGCUGAGCGAGCUGCGGGGGCCCGUGGGGGGCGCGGCCACCGUGCUGCUGCUGCUCUGCUACAGCUCCUCGCUGUCCGACGCCGACCUGCAGGCGGCCGCCGACCAGCUCAGCGCCAUCAACGCCUCCUUCCCGGAGCUGGCGAUGGUGGCGGUGACGUCGGAUGUGAACGCCGGCCGCUUCCAGCCGCUGGUGGGCGACGCCGGUCCCGUGUUGGUGGCGCCGGACAGCCGGGCCGAGACGGUGGUCCCUCUGGUCACGCAGCACCUCUCCACAGUGCCUGGCAGACUGGUGCCCAGCUCCUGUGGCUCAGCGACUGUGGGGCAGAGCAGCGAACUGGAGCUCUACCUGACGCCCGGGCUCACCACGCGCAUGCGCAUGCAGCCGCAGUAUCUGUCUCCCGGCUCAACAGUCACACUGCAGGUGCAGAGCGCCGGCUACGGCGUGGUGCGCGCCUGUCUCACCAGCGAGGGCGUCGCCGCCAGCACGGCCAGCGUCAGCGAGGGCCGCGCCGCCGUCGAGGGCUGCGCCGAGCUGUCCGGGGGCAGCGUGUCUCUGAACGCCACCGCCAGGGGCGCGCCGCUGCUGCUCGCGCUCACGCCCACCAGCAGCCUGCACAAGUGCGCAGAGGACGACUGCCGCUUCCCGGACCAGGUGCGGGUGACAGUCCGCCACAGCGGACUCGUAUGUCCCGGUGAUCGGCAACUGUCCGCCGCGCCCGGCGCCUCGCUUCCCGGGAUACUCACACUCGCUCUGGCGGCGCUGCUGUCUCUGCUGCUGACAGCGGGGAGUCCCCGCACCUGACACCCAGCGCCAGCGUUCAGCACUCGAUGCCGGCGUCUACGAGGCACGGUUUCUGCGUCAGUGGCCUCGCACCUCUCAGGAAUUUCUGCGGUUCCUCAUCACUCAUUCGCUGUCACCCAUACUCUUGUUAAUUUAUAGUUGGUCGUGUUGGAUGUUUUUUCUACUACAUAGUUAUCAUAGUUUUCUUUUUCUACCAUUGACAACGUAUUCCUGGGGACAGCAUUUACUGAGAUAUUUGUGCAACAGAAAGCUACCCUGGUACAGUUUACCACAGUGCAUCUACUGGGAGAGAGUUUCCAGAAGUGAACAGACGUACGACAAUUGCUUACAGUGUCAUCAGGAGACAUGUGGAGAAAAUUUUUUAUAUCUCUGAGGAAAAGGAAUCACUUACAACAUUAUACCCGUUGCCAUCGUUACGACUGUGGUCAUAUAUGUACAUCUCUGUAUACCAUAGAUGCAGCAGCCAUAAUUUGCAUACUGUGUUGCUCCCUGUUACCGAAGUAAAUGCUUCACAAAAUUUUCACGAGUUUAGCUUGUCAUGCUGACGACUAGCUGACGACACCGAACCGGCACACCAGUGAUAUAUGAAAGCCAAGAACGAUAUCCACACGAUUGAAGCCCUGGUCUGG